AUGCGGUUCAACAAUAGCUGGUGGGCGUUGAUCUUCCCCAAUGUAGGCUUCACCUUGGCGACAGUCUUUAUUGGCCAGCAGCUGGAGAGCAAUGCGAUACAGUGGGCGUCGACGAUAAUGAUUAUCGUUUUGGUGGUAGUCUGGCUGCUUCAGCUGUUCAAUAUGGGGAAAGCCGUUUUCGUCUCCCUAUUUCGCGAUCGAACAAGGGCGCUGUCGUAG